AUGUCACCAUUACUGUUUAGCUAUGAAACAUUGGUGCAUGCAGUGGCAGGUGCAACGGGAAGCGUUGUGGGCAUGGCUGCGUUCUACCCUUUGGACACAUUGCGUUCCAGACAACAAAUUGAAGAUUCCACUAAGCUGCGAGGAUCUACUUGGGAACUUCUGGUUCUGAUUGCAAAAGAAGAAGGUUUAGAAUCUCUGUAUUGUGGAUUGUAUCCAGUUUUACAAUCACUCUCCGUUUCCAACUUUGUUUACUUUUACACCUUUCAUGCUUUGAAGAGAUCUUCUGUUGGUUCAACAGCAAUAAAAGACUUACUGUUUGGUAUAAUAGCAGGUAGUUUAAAUGUCUUGCUUACUUCACCUUUAUGGGUUGUCAACACCCGAAUAAAGUUGGGUAAGAACAAUUAUAAAAGUCUCUCAGGUGGUCUUAUUGAGUUAUUUAAAAAAGAAGGGCUGAGAGGUUUAUGGUCAGGUACUGUGCCAUCCUUACUUUUGGUUUCAAAUCCUGCAAUUCAAUUUAUGGUGUAUGAAUCUCUAAAACGAAACUUUAUAGCAAUGAAUCGUUUCAAUACCUAUAGUGCAUUUAUUAUUGGUGCCAUAGCAAAGGCUAUUGCCACCACACUGACUUAUCCUCUUCAACUUAUCCAGUCUAGGUUAAGAGCUGGCACUAGUUUAAAACCUCUGUAUAAAGAUAUCAAGUCUAAUCCAAAAAUCAUAUUCAGGGGGCUGGAAGCAAAAAUUAUGCAAACAGUUAUGACUGCUGCUUUAAUGUUUCUUAUUUAUGAAAAAGUUGUAAGAUUAGUGUUAACUAUUAUGAGAGUUAAGGUUAACAAACAUUAA